UGGCGUCGAAAGCAAACCUGCGGUUGACCCCUGAAAACGAGAGCAGCGCCGAAAGCGUGAAAAAUUCCAAACUAACAUUGAAAAAAAAGUACCAAAAAGACGGCUCCAAAGCUUGCAAGCUCACCUCCAAAAGCGUAUCGUCCAAGUCUCUCGACUCCUCGAUAAAGAACCUGACGAUUUCGGAGCCCUGUAAUUUCGUUCACGUGGAAUCGUACGUGAAAAACAUUCCAAAGCUGCACAAAGACAAAUUAAAUCCACUCCCUCAGAAAGACAAGUACUCGGAUUUUGAGGACAACGUGUACGCGGAGAUUGCGCUUCGGGACGAAAAGGAGGAGGAGGACCAGAAAACUCGACUGGUGUCAACAGUAGUUUUCUUUGGGGUAAAAUGGCCAAAGUUAAGGACAACUCCGCGAGUAGUCCCAGAGGCAGGGAAGACCUUUUGGAUGACGUGGACGAUGAUUGUUACGAUGAUAUUGGAUCGCCGGAUGAAGUAGUGUUGGAACUGACGGCACUGCCAAAGCCCAAAUCGGUGAGCAGCGAUAAGCCAAAAAGUGACCAACACUCGGUGAGCAGCGCGACAUCCUGCGAGUCCAUCCAAACGAGUUCCCUCGUGGCGUCGGCAAAUGCAGAAAAGCGAAAAUCCAAAACGGAAGUGGCGUCGAAAGCAAACCUGCGGUUGACCCCCGAAAACGAGAGCAGCGGCGAUAGCGUGAAAAAUUCCAAACUAACAUUGAAAAAAAAGUAUCAGAAGCACGUUCGCAAGGCUCAGAAACUCAAGUCCAAAAGCGUAUCGUCCAAAUCUCUCGACUCCUCGAUAAAGAACCUGACGAUCUCGGAGCCCUGUAAUUUCGUUCACGUGGUGUCGUUGAAAAAUGGUUUGGUUCUCAACGAGACUAAACUCAAUCCGAUCACGCGAAAGGACAAUAGUGAAGACGUCGAGGACAACGUGUACGCGGAGAUUGCGCUUCGGGACGAAAAGGAGGAGGAGGACCAAAAAAUCGACUGGUGUCAACAGUAGUUUUCUUUGGGGUAAAAUGGCCAAAGUUAAGGACAACUCCGCGAGUAGUCCCAGAGGCAGGGAAGACCUUUUGGACGAUGAUUGCUACGAU